AUGCACCUGCCCCCGCAGCUCUCCUUCGCUCUCUAUGUGGCCGCCUUUGUGCUGGGCUUCCCGCUCAACAUCCUGGCCAUCUGGGGCGCCGUGGCCCGCGCACGGCUUCGCCUCACCCCCAGCCUUGUCUAUGCCCUUCACCUAAGCUGCUCAGACCUCCUGCUGGCAGCCUCCCUGCCCCUGAAGGCGGUGGAGUCCCUGUCUGCUGGAACCUGGCCUCUGCCAGCCCUGCUCUGUCCUGUCUUUGCCCUGGCCCACUUUGCUCCACUCUAUGCUGGCGGUGGCUUCCUGGCCGCCCUGAGUGCCGGCCGCUACCUAGGAGCUGCUUUCCCCUUGGGGUACCAAGCUGCCCGGAGGCCCUGUUAUUCCUGGGGCGUGUGUGUGGCCAUAUGGGCCCUUGUCCUCUGUCACCUGGGGCUGGUCUUUGGGUUGGAGGCACCAGGAGGCUGGAUGGACAAUACCACCAGCUCCCUAGGCAUCAACACGCCAGUCAAUGGCUCUCCAGUCUGCCUGGAGGCCUGGGACCCAGCCUCGGCGGGCCCUGCUCGCCUCAGCCUCUCUCUCCUGCUCUUCUUUCUGCCCCUGAUCAUCACGGCCUUCUGCUAUGUGGGCUGCCUCCGGGCACUGGUCAGCUCAGGCCUGAGCCACAGACGAAAGUUAAGAGCAGCCUGGGUGGCUGGUGGGGCCCUACUCACGCUGCUGCUCUGCUUGGGACCCUACAAUGCCUCCAAUGUGGCCGGCUUCCUGCACCCCGACUUGGGAGGCUGCUGGCGGAAGCUGGGGCUCCUCACAGGUGCUUGGAGUGUCGUGCUCAACCCAUUGGUGACCGGCUAUUUGGGACGGGGGGCUGGCCGGGGGACAUCAUGUGUGGCAAGAACAAAAGGGGGUACUUCUCAGAAGCAGUAG